AACUCCUUGGCAGCGAGAUCAGCUAGCUAGGGAGGCCGAGCUAGGCCGGCGAUGGCGGAGAAGGAGCAGGGCGACGUCGGAGAGGCGACCAAGUAUCGGGGGGUGCGGCGGCGGCCGUGGGGAAAGUAUGCGGCGGAGAUCCGGGACUCCAACCGGCACGGUGAGCGCGUGUGGCUGGGAACCUUCGACACCGCUGAGGAGGCGGCAAGGGCCUACGACCGCGCUGCCUAUGCCAUGCGUGGCUCCUUGGCGGUCCUCAACUUCCCCGGGGAGGCGUGCCGAAACCUUGUCGGCACCAGCUCGUCGACGCAGGUGAUCGAGUUGGAGUGCUUGGAUGACAAGGUGCUCGAGGAACUGCUCGACCUCGGCGAGAAGGAGACCCGGAGAAACAAGGGAGGCUGAACAGGUAUCAGACUUUGUCCGAUUACUUCUGAAGAUAGACCGCGUUCCCUCCUGGUUGAAUAGAUUGCAGAGUUGACAGAUCUAAAAUUAGUUGAUUUAUCCAGUCAACCGAUAGCACAACAAAAAAAAAAACAAUAAAGAUAAUUGAUCUAAUAAGGCGAAGUAAUAAUGGUUUUAUGACUUAAAGGCUAAGUCAAGGUCAAUCGACUGAGAUUGACAGAUUGAAAAUUUUUGCAAUAAGAUAGUUGACGAUCGACUGGAUCUAGUUGACGAUCGACGACGACAAAACAACAAAAUAGUUGGUUGAAGAUUAUAAGAGAAGAUGGAGAUCAGAGCAUUUGAAGUUUAACAAUUACAAAGGAUAUAUCUUUAUCUUUAUGGUCCUUUCAACUUUCUUGUGUACUCAUUUAACUCUUUAUAGCUUCUACUUGUAUUAAUCUUGCAAAGAAAAUUCCAAGAGGUUUCCUCAACUUUGAAAGAAGCUUGAGAAGGAGGAAGAGCUAGUGGAUUUCAAGAGUAACUUGUUGAAAA